AAUUCAUCACUCAGCGACGAGGGGUUGAUUUGGGGGGGUAGGUGAGACAUGGGGAGGGGUUGAGAGAAGAACCCCUCUUUCUAGCUCCCCCGCUGGCGGCUGCGAAGGGCCCCUUUUCAAAUAAACAGACAAACAUGUUUCUGACCUGCGGGUUGGUUCCAGCCGCCGCCGCCGCCGCCGCCACCAUGGAUUACAAUGGAGAUUUCCAAGCUGGUUUCCAAGAAAUCGACGGCAUCAGUUUGGGUUACCUGCAGAUUAACGGCACACGGAUGUUCGCUUUGACCCAGGUCUUCAGCGACCUGUUUAAGGACAUACCCCGGGCCACGGUGAGCAAAAAAAUGGAGAGCCUCAAGAUCCAGAGCCGCCGAUGCGACCUGAAGGAGCUGCGCACCCUCAAAGCCAUCCAGUCUGUGCCGAUGCGCGCCGUCAAGUGUUCGCUCAUCUCCAAGACGGACCUGGAGGCCCUCCGCACCUCCUGCAAGGCCCUGGCCCCCAGGAAGAGGAAGAGGAAGAGGAAAACGAAGAGAAGAGACCCCGGGGACCUGUUCAGUCGGCCCCGAUUACUCCCCGCGUACAGCGCAUCCGACAGCGCCUUCCGUGCUAACGUGGGCGCCGGAUGCGCCAAGCGGGACGCGCUCUUGGCGGGUCCGUUCAGCAGAGCAUACGAGAAAGCCGCGCCGCCCGCUAAAAGCUACAACCGGAGCGGCAGAGGGCAGCUCCUGGCCGGCGUGCUGAGCGCUUACCCCGGCGACUUGCAACUCCUACACUCGGCCGUCAGGGCGCACGGCACCGGCCAACCGGCUAGCGAGCCAGAUGCCGGGCGCGCCAAGCGCUCCGCUUGCGGAUGCCUGAGCAAGAAGGGUCGCUCGGCGUCUUUCGCAAGCUCCAAGAGGCAAGGCACAUCAGCCGGCUACUCCAGCGACUCGGACUCCAGCGGCGCCUCCAGCCUAGCGAGCUCCAGUGACUCCUCGGAAGAUGAAGACGACGAGGACGACGAGGACGACGACGACUCGUCCUGUAGCAGUGAAGAGGGCAGCUCCUCCGGGUCGGAAAGCAGCUCCCUGUGCAGCGGGGACUCGGUGCAAAGCACCCGCUACAGACAGGCGGCUCUUCCCCGUAUCCCACCCCAACCUGCCUCUUCCCAAGGCCUCCCCGGGGUAGCCAAAGCCUUGCGCCCCGACCCGAACCUACUCUUUUGGGCCAGGACGCUGCGCGCCUCCACUUUGGAAAGUUUUAAGCCGGUUCUUGCCAGUGCGCCAAAGGAACCCGAGCCUCGCGUAAAGCAGGAGGCGACGAGCUCGCCCGUCUCUCCUGCCCGUCCCAGCAGCCCCAGCGACGGCCCGCAGCCAAAGAAUGGUGGCUUUAGGGAAGCCUCGGAGUCGUACGUCCAGGAGCGUGAAGACUUCUCCAAGGACGCAGACUCCUUGAGCUCCAGGGAGGAAUUUCACGUUGACCAGCCGGAUAAGGCUGAGGAAGCAGCGCUCCAGCAGGACUCCCAGGAAGGGUCGGGGAGAGAGGCUCAAUUCGACAGGCUGAUCAGGCAGUCCAAACUGUGGUGCUACGCCAAAGGCUUCAAUGUGGACGGGAAAGGGUUGCGCAGGGCUGAGCAGGCCAAAGGGAGUUCCUCCACUCCCAAAGGCGGCCUCCUCAGCCUGGCCAGCAAGCCUUUGGAAGGGGGCAGCGACUUGGAAAGGAACGCCAAACGCAGACGCGUCGAGCAGGAAAGGCAGGCCAGGGGGAGGCCCCCAAAGAUUCCGAGGAAGACGACCAAAAAGGGGGCCACCCCACCUUGCAAACGCUUGCUCAACACCAGCCCUGCUCCUGUCAGGAAUCCGUUUACUCUGAUGGGCACCUUCCCCUGUACGCCUGCUUUGGUCGUUGGUUCCGACGGGGAUCUGUGUCCUGCGUCUUCCCUGUGCGUAAAAGACUCGUGUGUCCUUUCCAAAACGCACCCACUUUGGACCUGGCAGCUGGGGGGCAACGCCAUCCCCGUGCCCCCCAGCCUGAAAUUCCGGGGAUACAGUUUAGAGGACUUCUAGAUGGAGGAUUUAAGCUGACUUACGUGCAACAGGAGAGUUUCCUGUUGAAUUAUGCCCCAAAUCUUUAAAUAGCAACAAACAAUAACAACAACAAAAGGUAAAACCAAGUUAUUUAUGGGAGCAUUGCAUAAUUUAGGUGUUUUGUACAUAAGGGGAUAAAUUGAUGCUUUUCUGGCCGUAAACUCCCCCCUUUUGGUAAUUGGGUUUGAACAUUUGUCUCCUAGACCAUGAGUUGGUUUUGCUAAAGUACAUUGGGGUGAAAACACAAAAAGGAUGUGUGUGUGUGUUUUAAAAGACUGUAUAGCCUGGCCAUUUAGGAUGUGUUCUGGUGACUUGGUAAAAGGGAGAAUGUGGGGGUGGGUAGGGACAUUUUGCAGUUGUCUUAAUUUUCUUUAAAAACAAACUAAAUCACACACCUCCUCAAUUCUGUCCUAUUGCAUUUCUGUUUCAAAAUAUGAGCCUGACUUGGCUUAAAAGAAAAGGGGGCUUCCUGAUGUUUGCAAAGCAGUAUGUGUCGUUCAUUAAAUGCACACAGACUAUUAUUUUCAAAGGAAUGUGGAAUUUGAUGGAAGCCAAAUAUUGACACGUCUCCCCCCUCCUUUAAUUUCUACCUUUAACUUCAU